CACUCAGCCGCACAAAAUAUCCUGUUUUCCUCACUCCCACAACAAUACACUAAACCUCAAAAACCCUCCUGACUUCCGAUCUUCCCCCUCCGUUUGACCCUCAAAGCAACCGUUUUCUUGCAGGAACGGCUCAGAAAUGAAGAUACAGUGCAACGUAUGCGAGGCAGCCGAGGCCAAGGUGUUGUGUUGUGCGGACGAGGCCGCGCUCUGUUGGGAGUGUGAUGAAAAGGUUCAUGCUGCGAAUAAGCUAGCGAGCAAGCACCAGAGGGUCCCACUUUCUUCUUCUUCUUCUACUCAAAUGCCCAAGUGCGACAUUUGUCAGGAAACAGCUGGCUUUUUCUUUUGUCUACAAGAUCGGGCUUUACUUUGCAGGAAAUGUGAUGUUGCCAUACACACUGCAAAUACCUUUGUGUCUGCUCAUCAGAGAUUUUUGCUUACCGGCGUGAAAGUAGGUCUUGAAGCAGCUGACCUUGGCGCCUUGUCUUCUACAGUGAAGUCAACUUCGGGGGAGAAAAAUUCAGAAACAAAAUCCCACUGUGAGUCUAGAAGGAGCUCCCUGAUGCCAUUAGCUGGUGAAUACAAAGAGGUUUUACCUGCAAAUGCUGGUGGAAUGGGGGAUUGUGUGACAACAAGAGUAUCGUUUGCUGGGGGCUCUGCAGCUGGAAGCAUACCACCGUGGCAAAUGGAUGAAUUUUUUGGACUUCCUGAAUUCAAUCAAAAUUACGGUUACAUGGAUAAUGGAUCAUCUAAGACUGAUACUGGCAAGCGUGGAGACUCUGACAGCUCCCCAGUCUUAAGAUCUGCUGAGGAAGAGCUAGACAAUGAUGAGUGCUUGGGUCAGGGGCCGGAGAGCUCCUGGGCAGUGCCACAAAUUCCUUCCCCUCCUACAGCCUCGGGGCUCUAUUGGCCAAAAAGUUCGCCGAAUCUAUAUGAUACCACAGCAUUCGUGCCUGACAUAUACAACUCAACCAUUCAAGACCCCCACCACAAUCAGCAUCAUGGCCCUGCAAAAAGACCGCAGUUGGGGUUGUAACCCUAGUGACUUCCAAAAUCACGUUCGAUGUCUCAGGUUCAAACUUCACUUCGGCAUGAUUUUUUUGCCUAACUUCUCUCCCUCCAUUUGCUGUUACAAAUUGUUCACUGCUCUCUUAUUCCUGAUGGGGUUUUGAGAAGAAAGUAAAAAUAAGUACAUGGAUUUGAAAAGCAAGUUCUUUGAUUUGGAAGUUACAGCUAUAGUGUCUAGUUACCAUAGUGUUUAGUCUCUAUAGAUUCUUAAGACAAAGUUGUAGUUUUUGUGGUUUCAGUGCAUCUACUUGAUGAAAUUGCUUAACUGUGUUUAUAUCUUCUUAUUACUGGUAAAUUAUACCAAAUAGUUACAUACUUUAUCUUCUAAUAUCCCAUGUUUAUGGAUUUUUGCCCUUUUGUGUAUUGGUGAUGUUUAUUUUGUAUGCAUUCAUUUUGAAAGUUUAGUA